AUGAAGAAAUCAGUCAUAGAAAAAGAAGAAGAGGUCACUGAAGUGACCAUCACAAAACCAAAACCGAUUGAAGAAGAAAAGAAACCGGAAGAAAUUGAAGUGUCUCUGAAAAAGAAACCAAAGAAGAAGCCCAUUGUCGAGGAAGAAGCUGCUGAAAUAACCAUCAAAAAGUUGGUUCCUACAGAGGCUGAAGAAGCGCCUGAAGAAUUCACCAUCAAGAAAAAGAAGAAACCAGAAAAGAAACCGACGGUCACGGAGGAGGUCGAAGAAACUGCCGUGACCAUAAAGAAAAUUAAAGAGGAAGCGACUGAAGAACUAACUAUUAAAAAGAUCGAAGAAGUGAAGCCUGAAGAAGAAGAAGAGGUGCAAGAAUUCACCGUGAAACGAAAACCUCCUAAGCAGCCUCCUAAACCGAUCGAAGAGAUCUACGAAGAUGUUACUCUUCGAAAAUUACGUCCAAAGAGGAAACCAAGGCCAGAUAUCAAUGAGGUGACCGAAGUGGAAAACGUGACAUUCCGACCACGGUCCACGAAGACAAAAGAAGAUGUAGAACAAGAAUUCAAGAUCUCGUUGAACACGUACGAGGAAGAAGACAUUUCGAUGUCCGGUAAAGUUCGAUUGAAGCCCAAGAAACGGCCAAUGACAUACUCUGAAGAGGCUGGAGAAGAAACGAUCAAGAUAAUACAGGAAAUCGAGGAUGAUUCCGGACCUAUCAUAGAGGAGAUCAUAGAAUCGGAUGAAGAGGCCAAGGAUCAAUAUAGUAUCGAGGAAUUGGAAACUGAUGAAAUGAGGCUUCCACUCAGAAAGAAGAAAAAGAAGGAACCUAAACCCUAUAAAGUGGAGGAUGUCGAGGAGGGUGACGUGAAACUGAAACUGAAACACGAAAGGAAAUACUCCGUGGAGGAAGCUGACGAAACGUUAGCAUUGAAGUUGAAGGCCAAAAGACGCGUAUCUACUUACGAAGAAGGUGCAUUUAAAGAGGCCUCGCUUAGUAUCACCAGAGAAGAAGAUAUUUCAGAGGGAGAAAUCGAAUACGUUGUCCGCGAUGGCGACACAAUGUUCUCGAUUUGUUCGUACGUGGCAGAAACCGACGAAGCCAUUAACCUCGUUGAAGGAGAAAGAGUUUACAUUAUCGACCACACGAAUCAGGAUUGGUGGUUCGUGAAAAAACAUUUGACAGAAGAAAAAGGUUGGGUUCCAGCGCAAUAUCUUCUCAACGAAGUCCAUUAUACUCAUUAUCUACAACGCAAAUUACACGAGAAAAUUGACAAAUUACCUGUAUUUGAAAAACCUGGGCCUGGAGAGAAAACAUCAGCACCGAGAUUCAUCGAAAAAUUGCAGCCAAUUCAUACACCGGAUGGUUACACGGUUCAAUUCGAGUGCCAAGUGGAAGGUUUACCAAGGCCUCAGAUAACAUGGUUCCGACAAACUGCCAUCAUCAAACCGUCCCCUGAUUUCCAGAUGUAUUAUGAUGAUGAUAACGUAGCGACUCUGAUCAUUAGGGAAGUAUUCCCUGAAGAUGCAGGCACUUUCACCUGUGUCGCCAAAAAUGCUGCUGGUUUCGCUUCCAGUACUACGGAAUUAAUCGUGGAAGCGCCUCUUUCUGAUCAUGGAUCAGAUCUAACUGGUCCAUCCAGAAAGAGUCUAUCAAGAGAAUCAUCGCUCGCCGAUAUCUUGGAAGGAAUACCACCGACGUUCUCCCGAAAACCAAAAGCGAAAUACGUCAACGAGGGUGAAGAUGUGAUACUGGAAUGUCGAUUGGUAGCAGUACCGGAGCCUGAAAUAACGUGGUACUACAAGGACACGCAGAUCACAACCAAAGAGAACAUCGUAGUUGCUACUGAAAGUGAUAUGCAUAUGUACUGCAGCGUGAUUAAAAUUACCAAAGUGCAAAAAAAACAAGAAGGAAAGUACACCAUCGUCGCUAGAAACAGGGAAGGUGAAGCUACCAUUGAAAUUCCUAUGAAGGUGAAGACUGGUAAACAUGAACCACCAGAGAUUCUAGAGCCAUUGCAAUCAUACGUGGUACGAGAGGGUGAAACCGUGGUAUUGUCGACACAAAUCGUAGGAAAUCCAGCUCCUAAAGUGACUUGGUACAAGAAUGGUAAACCACUGAAGGAUCUGAUCCCGAAACAAGAUGGCCACGUGAAUACGUUAACGUUGAUUCAGCCCCAAGUAUCUGACAGUGGAGAUUAUUCUGUCACAGCCAUUAACGAUCUUGGCAAGGUUGAAACAAAAGCUACAUUGACAGUUGAAAUAAACUUGAAUCCUUCGCUGACCAUUAGCUUCCAACAACACGCGUACGAACACUACACUUUAACUAAGGAGAUACCAAGCGGAGCACCAGAACCGCCACUCUUCACGGAACGAUUCCAAGAACUUACUGUUCCGCAAAAAGGUACCUUUAAAUUGGUCGCGAAGGUUACUGGAAAUCCUGUACCAGAAGUCACGUGGUUAAGGAAUAAUAAACCCCUGGAAAAAUCGCCGAAUAUCACUGAAACUUAUGACGGUGAGAACAUCGUGUUGGAGAUCAAAAACGCGGAUUCAGAGGUGGAUGCAGGAGAUUACAAAUGCAUCGCUAGUAAUCCAGUUGGAAAAGCCUCUCACGGUGCCAAAGUUACGGUGGACGUGGAAAAGGUAACGUUCACGAAAACUCUGGAGAAGGAAGUGACCGUCGACGAGUAUAAGACCUUAGAAUUGAUCUGCGAAACAUCGCAUACGGUAUCCACAAAAUGGUGGUACAACGACAAAGAGAUCAGUGGAAUGGAUCAUCGUGAAAUUAUUCAAGAAGGACGAGUGCACAAGUUGGUGAUCAAGAGAACUAGUCCUACUGAUGAGGGAACUUACAAGUGCACUGUGAAGAAUCAAUCAACAUCCAGCAAAGUUACUGUAAAAGCUACCAAACCAGAGUUCGUGAAGAAGUUACAAGACUGCGAAGUAAAGGAGCGUGAUGUCGCCAUUUUGGAAGUCGAGAUCACGUCACAGACAGCGGAUGUGAAAUGGUUCAAGGAUGGCGAGUCCUUGGGACCAAGUAAAGAAAAAUUAGAAUUCGUGAAAGACGGUACCAUUAGAAAAUUAUUAAUCAGAAGCACAUCCGUCCAUGAUGAAGGAGAAUACACGUGCACCCUUAUGGAUGAGAAAUGUACAGCGGAAGUCACUGUUAUUGAAUUACCACCGGAAAUCAUCACGAAGAUGCAAGAUGUGACGAUAGCAAGAGGCGAGCGGGCAAUUUUCGAGAUAGAAUUGACGAAAGGAGACGCUUUGGUUCGAUGGUUCAAAGAUGGCCAAGAACUACAAUUUUCCGAACACGUACAACUAUCGAUAGAUGGCAAGAGGCAGAGAUUGAAGAUAUACGAUACGGAACCAGAAGACGCAGGUGUUUAUUCCUGCGAAGUUGGCCAACAAAAAUCAUCUGCCAAGUUGAUCGUGGAAGAACCAGGCGUGGACUUUAUCACUAGAUUACCAGAUGUCACUCUUGUACCGUUGAAUGCAGAUGCCGUUUUCGUCAUAGAAAUAUCGCGGGAUGUUCCAGUUACAUGGUUGAGGAAAUCAGAAGUAAUUAAGGAGUCAUCGAAAUAUAGCAUCGUCGAUGAAGGCACAGUGAAAAAACUGAUAGUGAAGAAAUGUACCACUAAAGAUAUUUCAGAAUACACAGCUGCUGUAACAAAUGUGAAAACAUCAUCGAAAUUAAGGGUCGAAGUCAUUGAAGUGGCACCAAAGAUUAGUCCAGACACACCCAAGAAGUACAAGGUGAGAAAGGGUGAAGACGUCGAAAUAGUGGUGAAAUUCAGCGCGGCACCGAAACCAAACGACGAAUGGACAGUGAAUGGCCAUGUGGUUACGAAAUCGAAACGUGUUGUGCCAUCGAUCGAUGAAGAAUCCGCGAUUUUAACUAUCAGAAAGAUUCAAGAAGAAGAUGUUGGUGAUUACACUCUGAAACUGGUGAACAAUGUUGGAGAGGCUAACAUAGAAAUCAACGUCGUCAUCGUUCAAGUACCAAGUGCACCUGGAGCACCAGAACCAUUGGAAAUAACUGAGAACAGUGUUACGCUUCACUGGAAGAAACCAGAUUCAAAUGGAAACUCUCCUAUCGUCGAAUACAUUCUAGAGUAUCAAGAAAAGACUGAAACUACGUGGACCAAGGUUGCAGAAACAAUAAAAGAAACAACUCACAAAGUAACGAAAUUAACAACGAACAAAGAGUAUACCUUCCGUGUAACAGCUGCAAACGAAGCCGGACCAGGCGAAACAUCGCCAACUUCUCCAUACAUUAAGAUAACAAAACCAUCAGCUGCAGAACCACCAAUUAUCUUAGAACCUUUGAAGAGUGUUGUCGUUGGCCUUGGAGAAACCGUCAGUUUAACUUGCGUCAUUGGUGGAACACCGGCGCCUGAGAUUACUUGGUUAAGAAAUGGAGAAAUUUUCGAAGAUACCAAUAUCACGUACGAAAAUCGUGUGUCCAAAUACACCAUCACGAGGACAACGGAAACUUCAUCGGCAAGCUUCACUGUGAAAGCGAAGAACGACAUAGGAACAGCGGAAACAACGUGCGAGUUGAAAGUGCAAGAGCCGCCUAAGAUCACUUACGACGAAACACUGGCAAGCCAAAAUCUUCCUGUGAACGGCCAAUGGAAGAUCGAGAUUCAGACGAGUGGAUUCCCAAAACCGGAAGUAACGUGGUUGAAGAACAACAAGAAAGUCGACAAACAUGUGUCUAUUGAAACGGUGGAAAAUACAUCUACCAUCUAUUCUUCGCUUAGCAGGGAAGAUAGCGCCACUUACACGGUGAAGGCAGUGAAUGAAGCUGGCAGCUCUUCGGUUGAAUUACAUCUUAGAGUCAUAGAUAAACCUAGCAAGCCUCAAGGACCAGUGAUCUUCAAAGAAAUCAGGCAAGAUCGUGUCACUAUCGAAUGGCGGCCACCGGAAGACGAUGGUGGAAUCGAACUCGAGAAGUACACUAUCGAGAAGUACGAACCUGGCAAGACUUGGACGAAGGUGGUCGAUAUCGAUAAAGAAGUAGAAAGUUUCUGCGUGCACAAAUUGCAACAGAAUGCCGAGUAUAAGUUCAGAAUCAUCGCAAGGAACGCUGUUGGAGCCUCUGAACCUUUGGAAUCGGAAACAGUCAAGAUGAGGACUUCCUUUGAACCACCUGGACCACCAAGAGGACCUCUGGAAGUAUCAGGAAUGACGAAAACAUCGUUCACGAUAAAAUGGCAGCCUCCAGAAAACGAUGGCGGAACACCAAUAACAGAAUACAUCAUCGAGAUUAAAGAAGAAUCGAAGAAAGCUUGGCAAAAAAUUGGCAGCACAAAGCACGAAACGACAUAUUUCGGCGUAUCGAAUCUAAAGACAGAUGUGCCGUACAACUUUAGAAUAACAGCUAAGAACAGCGUUGGCACUGGUCCUCCAUACGUGGCUGAAGAACCAAUUGCACCAGGCAGACGAAUCAAAAUAACAAAAAUGACUGAAAGCACUAUGUACGCUCUGCUUGGUAUAUUUCCGCCGACGAAAAUAAUUAUCAGCAAAACACCACCAUCGAGUCCACAACAUGUGCAAGUGAUAAAUGUUACCAGCAAGAGCGUAACGCUCAGUUGGUCUCCACCAGCCAGCAAUGGAGGAACAGAACUCACAGGAUACAUAGUCGAAAAGAGGCCAUUGAUUGGAAAAGGAGCAAGAUGGACGAAAGUUGUCACCUUGGACGCUACCACGCUUCAAUAUUGUAUAGAGAAUUUGAAAGAGAGCGAAUUUAUCUUCAGAGUCUUCGCUGAGAACAACAUGGGACUCAGUUUACCUACAAACUCAGAACCAGUUACCUUGAUGACACAUGCCAAUGUUCCAUCACCACCAACUGCACCAUUGGAAAUAAGGCAGAUCGCAGCAAACACAGUCGUUAUUUCGUGGGGAAGACCGGAAUCAGAUGGCGGUGCGCCAUUGGAAAGUUAUAAAAUUGCCAUCAGGGAUGCAAAGAAGACUAUGUGGAUGGAAGUAGGCAGGGUGAACGCAGAUACACAGAAAUUGAACAUCAGGGAUCUUCAAGAGAAUCACAUGUACCUGAUCAGGAUCUUUGCCAAAAACGAAGUCGGCCACAGUGAUCCUCUAGAGUCUGAUGAACCUGUCAAAAUCAUACCAGUUUCCGAAUUAGCCGUAGUGGAGCCAAUCGCAGAAAUGACCGAAAAGGGUGAAACCGCAUCGGUCAGCUUCAGCACAGAGAACACGAGUUCUUGGCUACGCGAGCACAAUAUGGACGCCGACAUCCAUUCGUACGCGAGAGCAAGACUUCUUAGACAAGACGAGUACUUCUUCCGCAUUUGGCAUUACGCUAAGAAACUUUUCGAAUAAGCAUUUCUUUACGAUUUAACGGCGUGAAGAACGAGAUUCAUAUUCUUUCUUCGUCUUAUCGAGGACCAUAAUAAUUUAACGCGUUAGCGAGACAAAGGAAACGAAACAAUAAUGAAGAUAGAUUUUUUUAUUAAUUUAACGCGUUAUACUUCGAUUGAUAUUUCGUUCUUCUUCUCUUCUAUUUUUUUUUCUUCAACGAAAUUUGAGAAAAUCGUAUUUCUAUAAAAAUUGAAAAUUAUUUUCCUCUUUCACGAAACUUUUUAUUGUAAAUAUUUUCGACGUUUGAUCUCUCACGUGAACAUCGUUAUAUGUAUAAUAUACGAAAGAUUAAUGACAUUGUUACAUCGUUCCUCUUUUAGAAUCACGUAUAGAGACUAGAUCUAUUUUAAGGAUCGAUACAGGAUGGGUGUAGAAUCUAGUCAACGUAGAGUAAUGAUAUUAUUAUUAUUAUUAUUUUCUUUCUCAUCUUUUAACGGACCAAGACUUCCUCAUGCAUACUUGGAAUCAAGCACAAACGGAAGAAUUACAUUUCUUCCGGUUCACGAAAUAAUCGCCAUGAUUUAGUAAUGAACGUGUAACUGAAAAUUCGUAAGUC